AUGGCGCGCAGAAAGCGACAGCAGAUUCCCCAAGGCUUUGAGUUCGACUUCGACUUGCAGCAGGGCCAAGUUUCGCAGAAGAGGCGACGUCGCCAGACCAAUGACGUCCCUGAUCCUGCAAUGUUCCUUGAAGACCCCUUUUUCGGCGGGCACAUUGGGCAGCCGGGACCGGCCACCAUCAACGGGGGCGGUAUCCAUUAUCGCUUCGUUCACGACGAGAAUUCGCUGGGCCCGCCUUUCCCGGUCCAGAAACGGACCGAGCCGCCGAUUCUUGUGGCUAGCCACAGUCUUUUGGAGCUGGGCCUCGAUAUACCUCCUCAGCUGGGCAACGAAGAAGUCGUCCGUCGAAAAGGGGCCAUUUGGGAUGAGCUCAAAUACCAGAGUGACAAUAUCCCGUCUCUGCCCCCGUCCAAAGUUCCCGACCUCCCUCCUAAGGAGGAGCUGCCGGCCUUUGUUGAGAUCCCGGCGGGGCUCGACGCAGAUUCCCGGGCGGUUCUUGAGGAGGAAAACAACCGCAUCGCAAAGCUCGCUCAGGAUAUAGACCGCGAGCGAAACAACAUGGCUGCCAAGAAGAGCCGCAGCCUCCGGGUCGAGGGAAUCGCAGGAUACCGCGAGCUGUGCGUCCAAGCCACAGCCAAGCUCUUCUUUCACCGGCUCGUCGACGUCGCCUCGGGGCGCGAUCCCGACUCGUGGGAGCGCCUGCCCGAGAACAUCCGCGGCGAUAUGUUGGGGGUCAUCCGGAUGGCCGUGCGGAAGGCCGAAGAUGACAGGACCGCCAAGAAGAAGGCAGCCGAGGCUCAAGCGCGGUUCCAGCGCGCGCAGGAAAAGAAAGCCCAGCUCGAGGCGGCGGCGGCGCUCGCAGGCCCGGUGUCGUUUGAGCAGACGGGGACGCUCGUUUCCCAGGACGAAUUCGACGACACCUUCCAGGUCGAGACGCCAGACCACGGCGUCUGA